UUCUCGUUGUGCGCUCGCGACCACCACCAAAGAUGGACAACUUGGUUGAUGAGCUUGGAAUCCCCAACAAGUUCCUGAAAUCUACAACCAGAGAGGACAGAUUCACAGCAAUUGUACCUAAAAGUUGGCUGAAGUCGCUCCUAAAGCACUCCAGGCUAGCAGAAUUCAAUGAGAAGUUGAAACUUGACUCCUGGCCCAAUCAGCACGAUGAUAUAGAUGAGUCUUGGCAGAAGAUUUAUGUUAAAAUAUUCAAGAAAGCUGAUGCUAAAGUUAUCCCCCUGCCAAGGAUACCACCCAAGUCAGUCAGAUCAGAGGCACCAUUGAUGUUCUCUCAGCUAAUGCAGUAUAUUGCGCACACAAAUUACAAAAAUCUCUGGAAAGAUGCAUACAAGAAGUACAAUUCAACAGAAGGCAACCGAGUCACCCAAGUAACACUCUGCAACUACAAUGAGGUCAUCAGAGAGACCAUUAUUAGGACCUAUGGGUGUGCAAUAAUCAACACAUGUGAUUCUGACCUGAAUGUAAAUGCAUCAGAAUCAAUUGAUGUACAUUCCAAUAUAUAUGGGGCAUUAUGUGCAGUUGAAACACUCAAUGCUAUCUUUUUGAUUCAUGCUCAAUAUGUUCCACACAACUUGUAUGAUUGUUUGACAUUCAGCCCAUCAAUCCUAGAGCAAUGCUACACUAAACCACUUUUCCUCGUGUAUCAGUUGGUGAACGCGCUGCGUACAAUGCACGAGCGCUCACUCACAGUCGGCGACAUCACCCUGAAGGACAUUUACUUAAGCGACGACCUCUGGUUGCAUAUAUUUCCGCAGCUAUGUUCGAAUAUCCACGUGCAGGAGGUGCCGCGUGUGGACAAGACUACGAUGGGGUACGACUGUCGCAAGUUGGGGCAUAGAUACGACGUCGGCGCGCAGAAAUGUUCCCAUUGUGGGUUGCGAACGUACGAUAAGGUGCGCGUGAACAACGGGGAAAGUUUAGAAAAACUGACCAAACUUUGGAUUCAUGGAGAAAUAUCGAAUUACACGUACCUAAUGGCGCUCAAUGCCCUAGCGGGACGUAAGUUCGCCGACCCAAAUUGUCACUACGUCUUCCCAUGGGUCACGGACUUCUCCGAGAGAGGUGGACGCAGCUGGCGCGAUAUGAAAAAGUCAAAAUUUCGUUUAAACAAGGGCGACCGCCAGUUGGAUCUUACCUACGAGCAUGUUGAAGACGCGCAAGUGCCGCAUCACGUCUCCGACGUGCUCAGCUCGAUCACAUAUUACGUUUACAUGGCACGCCGCACGCCCAAAUCGGUGCUGUGCAAAAACGUGCGGCCCAAUUGGGUGCCGGCGGAGUAUCCCAGUUCGAUCCUGCGAUUGCAGGAAUGGACGCCCGACGAAUGCAUACCUGAGUUCUUUAGCGACCCGAUGAUUUUUAAGAGUGUUCACGACGACUUGGGCGACCUCGAUGUACCACCGUGGUCAACGAGCCCCGAAGAUUUUAUUGAUAAGCACAGAGAGGCGCUGGAGAGCCAACAUGUCUCAGAGCGGCUGCACCAUUGGAUAGAUCUCACAUUCGGAUACAAACUUAGCGGUACUGCGGCGAUUAAGAGCAAGAACGUCUGCUUACAUCUAGUAGAUGGCCACACAAAUUUAACCAGCAGUGGUGUUGUUCAGUUGUUCGUGCAUCCACACCCGCCCCGGCUUGUGAGCAUGCCCUUUUGGGGCAAGAUCCCACCGAAGGUCUACCCUAAAAAAAAAAAUCGCGAUUUAUCCACUUCAUCCACAACAUUAGAAACCUCGCGCAGUGAGGAAGAGGAUCCUUCCGUCGAUGAAGAGAGUCUCAGUGCAAGACCACUUGUUCUCUCCCGACUACUGUCGAGAAGUCGUUCGUCCCUCAAUGAAGAUACCAAACGCGAUGAGAAAAACCGCUCGUCCAGUAGCCAGCGCAGUGCAAGCUUAGGACCCAAGAACCCCACGUUUACAAGUCACGUCCCGCCACAGAAAACAAUCCUGCCUAAAGAGUUCAACCCCAGUCUGGCUCUAAUCAAUCUAGAAAACGUACAAUCUUUCCUAUCGAAAACAUUCCACACCGAGGAUGGCAAACGCAUUCAAGUCAGCGCCGAUGAGGAUCCACCGAAGGAAGAGAAACCUACGAUAAUUCACGAUGUGCCGCAGGUGCAGAACGCGUUCACAAAUCGACUAUUUCAACAAUUGUCAACGCCGCCUGACCAGACGAUCAUACACCAUAAUCGAGCGACAAAGUCGUUUACGUUUCCGAUUGAUAAUCAAAAUAUCUUGCCGUUUCGGCAAUCUCGGUCGCGCCCCGUCCACAGGAUCGAGAAUCAGAUCGCGUGUCCCUACAGCGAUAUAAUCACCAAGCGUCGCACGGAGGAAAUGCAAACGUUGGGCUGUUUAAUCGUGGAGAUUUUCAUGCACAAACAGAUCCGAGUGCUGCAAGGCAGCGGAAAUGCGCUGCGUUUUAAGAAUCGGUUGAAAAUCUGCCUCACCGUGCUUAACUCUUGCAAGCAUGAGAUUCCGAACUGCAUUAAACAUUUGGUGCACAUCCUGCUACCACCAGACGAAAUAAACACAUGCGAGUUUAAGUACGCGCCGGUGAGCGAGUGCGGCCUACCACCACCGUCGGCGCAUCUGUUACUAGAACCUUUAUUACAUUCGUUGAUACCUUUCAAUGAGCAUUUUGCUAAACUCUACGGAAUUAUAUCAAUGCUCAAGGAUUACGAGGUUGUCGCAACGGAGCUGCAUAUUCUCUAUAAUUUCACUUGCAAUGGCGACCAGUGUGCUGAGUUCGAAAUGGUUGAGCGCACGAAGCUGUUACUCACUCAGAACAUUGCCGAGUGUAAGGUGAAGAGCUGUGCCAACCAGCUGGAAGAUCUCAUUGACGACCUCAACUCCAGCAAGGAUAUCGAAAUCGUGAAUAUCUUGGUCUUACCCAUUCGACAAUUGAUCGACGACCCGCCGACGGCCGUAUUGUCGGCGUGGUAUCUGUUUGAUUCAGUAGCGCGUUCGCUUGGCCUCAAGCGCAGCGUCGAAAUGUUGCUGCAGCCUAUCCUGCGCCUCUACGAGCAUGAGACGUCCGACGCCAACAUUCCCUACAACACAAAAAUAGCCCGUUUGUAUCAUCACAGCUUCCUUCUGCGGUUGAUGGUCCGAUUUGGCUUGCGUACGUUUUUAGAGCACUUCAUCACGCCACUGGUCGAGGCCGUUGGCGGCUAUCGGGACCUGCUCGAGGAGAAAGAGAUUAUCUUACAUUCGCACGCAGACAAACAUGCGAAAAAGGCGAAUCUGAAAUCCUUCGAUAGCGAAAGCCACGAACUUUCCCCAAGCGACGACUCGAGUGAGUCCGAGACGAAAUUACCCGGGAAAGAACCUGAGGUGUUUCACUUCGAUGGCGAAGAGGUGUUGGAACGCCUACAAUCAAAUCUUACCACAGAUCAAGCAUUCCACAAUACCACAGUUGAGGAUACACGUGAGACCGACGAGCUCACACACCUCGACGUCGAGUACAAAGGCCUCAUGACCCCCACCAUUCCAAUUCCUUCGCGUAAAGAACUCUCCAACAUUAGUUGCGAUGUAGGAAGCAAAAAGUCUGAAGUCGAGUUUCCUGUUGCUGUGGAUGCACGUGAUUCUUCUCAGGGCAAGAGUAACGAUCGACCGAAGAACGAGGCUAAAAUCUCAUCCAUGGCCACCGAAAGUAUAAUUUGGCUGUCGCAUCGACUUGGUCCGGUGCUUACAGCGCGCUAUUUGAGCCGCAAUCUCCUCAAAAUGCUCACGCUCUGCUAUGUGGGAAAGGAGAAUUUGAUAAGGGCGCCGAAAACGGAUGGCGGUGUCGACUUUAUAAGCAUCGCCUGCAGCCGCGUCGUUGGGGACAAUAAUGCCGCUAAGGUUCUCGAAUGUCUCGCCAGCAUCGCCGCUCUCUACGGACAUCAACUGAUACUAUAUCAGUACUUGCCGCACAUGAGCGAGCUGAUCGCGUUGUGCAAACGCAAACUGACUGCAAACUUGGAGGGAGGCUUGAUUAGCUGCCUGGCUUUGCUAAAGCACAUUAUUCCUUAUAUUUCGGAUGCUACUUUAAUGGAAAACUUGCAGGACGUUAUACUUAAAAACAUCCUCUACCCAACAAUACGCCUGCUGGGCUCGACGAAGUAUACAUUCCCGAACGGUUCGAUAGCACGCAAUGUGCUCGCACGAAAAUACUUGGACACUUUGUACGUGCUCUCGCUGCGAAUGGGCGCCACGAUGACGCACACGCAUUUAGCGGUACCUGCACUACAGCGCUUCUUUCUAAUCUUCGAUAAGAUCGUAGAACCGUCAGGUGCGAGCGGUGCCACACUGGACGUUUUUUCUACGGCCGCGAAAACUGGCCAAGGAGACGCGUCCAGUCCGGGCAACUUGGAAGAACUCGAUACGAACUUCAUCGAGGUGCGGCGGGAUGGUACCCUUGCUGAAUGGGCAAUUGGGGGACGACCGGUGCAGAUUUCCCGCUUGCGGGAUUCUGAUUCAACCGAUAGUUUAUCUCCGCCGCAAUCGCAGCCUGCGACGCGGCCGGACGAAACCGUCAACCUCGCCGUGAACGAACUGAAAGCGGUGUUCACGGCGGAUUUGGCACACACCGCCUAUGUCCCAUUCAUGAAGCAGAUAGGUCUCAAUGCGAUGGAAUCCUCGCUUAAAAACUAUCAGCGCAUCAUUGCCUUAACCCAGGAGUAUGAGCUGGAGGUGCAACAGACUAGCUACAAACACGAAGAGCAACAAUUACCUACCGAAAGUCGUUCAGUUUCCGGCUCCAUUGGCAGUAACAUAGCUUUAAUUGGAAAUCGUAUUGAUGUGCAAGAUGACGAGGAGCGCAAUGCCGAUAUGUUGAACUAUGUGAGCAAUAAGAUCGAGAAUACGCAGAGGCACCUGCGCGGCAACUGGUUGGCAUACUGGGAGCACGAAAUCGGGCGUUCGGAUAAAGAUACACAGUUUAAUUUCAAACAGAUCAAACUGCAAACGUUCACGGGACACACAAACAGCGUCAAGUCGCUGUAUAUCCUAGACAACGAAAACAGUUUCCUGAGCGCCAGCAAGGACAAAACCGUGAAGUUGUGGUCCUUGCGGAGUCAAGGUGACGGCACCAGUAGUUCCACCUGUCAAUCCACAUACCCCGCACAUAAAAAGGGCGUAUUCGCAAUUACAUUCCUCGAAGGUUUAAGGCUAGUAGCGUCUUGUGACGGUGUGGUACAUCUAUGGGAUCCGUUCAUGUGCGCGGGGAUUGCCCAAUUGGAGUCGCCCAAAUAUGCACCAGUACAUGUUUUGAAGAGUUUACCUGCACCCAGUUCUUUGUUGUUUGCCGCUUCAGCGGAGUGCAGUAUUAAAGUGAUUGAUGCGCGGAUUUGUAGCUAUGUACAUGAUCUCAAGGUUGCGGUGAACCAAGGCGUUUGGAUCCGAUGCGUCGCCAUUGCACCUUCGGGUAAUUGGAUAGCCACAGGCCUCUGCUCUGGUCACAUUACCGUACUGGACACCCGAACAGGUCUGGUCCUAUCAACUUGGCGUGCGCAUGAUUCCGAAAUCGUACAAUUGGUCACCUCCGAUGACGAUACACUCAUCUCCAGCGGCAUGGACCAGUCCCUACACGUGUGGAAUGUACACGAUGGCAAACUUAAGUUCUCCCUCAAUUUGACCUUGCCUAGGGGAGUUUCCGAGCCGGUCCAUUGCCUUAACGUCAACAACGGCGAGCUGAUCUCCGGCACCACCGGUAAUCGAAUCGGGGUCCACACCAGCAUCGAUGCGGACGCUUCAUUCUCCAGUACCAAGCUGCGCUCGGACGCCUUCAAAGGCGCACUGGUCUCGAUGGCAAUGCUACCACUCAACCGGCUGCUCCUGCUGGGUGCCGACACGGGCGUUAUUAACUUGUUGUGUUAGACGAUUUUUAGAAGAGAUUUAGGAAUGCGGCUUUUUCUUAGUCAAUUACUAGCGAAGGUGAGGGCAGGUUAGAUAGACUUGCGCUGGUGUAGAUUGUUUUGCAGGGGAUGACACACACCAUUCAUGAUUACAUACCAAAGAUAUUCAGUAUUAUCGCGGAAAACAAAACGAUACGAAUUUGUGACGAAAUUCCAUCCAACUUGCAUGAUUCCACAUGUGAAAUGAUGUAAGAUAAGGUUUUUACACAAUAAUCCUAACGUAAAUUGAAAUCAGGGGUUCCCAGAAAUACAAAUCAUGUAAAUCUAUUUUAAAGUGAUUAUGUAAUAUUAUAAAAAAGUACGAUUUACUAUUAAUUUAAAUAAAUUCUAAUUGAACAUUU